UUAGCUGAUAUGUAUCGAAGCUUGUUCAAGUUCGGCGUCUUCAACGCAAUUCAGUCCCAAUGUUUUGAUUCGAUUAUGCAUACGGCGGAAAACAUGGUACUACGCGGUGAAAUCUCAUUGAACAUUUCUGAUAUUCCACCUUACUUUAUCACAGCCCCAACCGGAAGCGGAAAGACUGUGCUAUUCGAGCUUUCCAUCAUACGCAUGUUUACGAUCGCAGGAAACCGUGAAGAUGUUAAAUGCGUCUAUAUGGCGCCGACCAAGGCGCUUUGUUCCGAGAGAUUCAGGGACUGGGAGUCUAAAUUCUCCGGCCUUGGCAUUAAAUGCUGCGAGUUAACAGGCGACACUGUCGUUUUUGGGAAGAGUGCUUGGGGGAACGCGGUGAGCGCAAAUAUAAUGUUUGGAGAAAAAUGGGACAGCCUAACUAGGAGUUGGCGCGACCAUAGGCAGAUAUUGUCGCAAAUCCAGCUGUUCCUCGUCGAUGAGGUUCACAUCCUCAACGAAUCGCGAGGAAGUACGCUCGAGGUUGUAAUGUCUCGAAUGAAGACCCGCGGGUCGGCGGUUCGUUUCAUCUGCGUCUCAGCUACAGUGCCCAACAUCGAAGACAUCGCAAGCUGGAUUGGAGACCAAAACUCAAGCAAACAAGCUCGAAUCUUCCAGUUCGGCGAAGAGUUCAGGCCAUGUCAACUGGAACGCUUUGUCUAUGGCUUCCCAAAGGGGAAAAAUCAGAAUGAUUUUGUCUUCGGAAAUUCUUUGAAUUUUAAAUUGUUUAACCUGCUGCAGCACCAUUCCGCUCAAAAACCCAUGCUGGUGUUUUGCCCCACAAGGAAAGGUGUCUUCACCACUGCCGAACAACUGAUGAAAGAUUACGAGAAGGCCGCCCAGUCAAAACAAAAUCUACCUUGGAGUCAAUCAAGACGAUUCAACAGUGACCUGAGACAACGUCUUGUAGAGCUUGCACAGGCGGGUAUCGGGGUGCAUCAUGCCGGCUUGUCAAUCGAUGACAAACGAACAACGGAAGGUCUAUUCUUGAGCAGAGAUCUACGAGUCGUUGUAGCAACAUCGACGCUUGCAGUAGGGGUCAACCUGCCUGCUCAUAUCGUUGUGAUCAAAGGCGUCAAGAUGUUUCAGGGAAGUACUAUGGAGGAAUAUUCGGACUUGGACAUCAUGCAAAUGAUAGGUCGCGCGGGAAGACCUCAAUUUGAUAAAGAAGGCAUCGCUAUAAUCAUGUGUGAAGCCGAGCUGGAACACAAGUACAAAAAUCUCACCCAAGGCAGAACCAUCCUGGAAAGCUCUUUGCAUCUUAAUCUCGCAGAGCAUAUUAACUCGGAAAUCGGCCUGGGUACGAUUACGAAUGUCGAGACAGCUAAGGGAUGGCUACAAAAUUCGUUCCUGUUUCAAAGGGUGCAAAAGAAUCCAAACAGAUAUGCGAUAGGGAAAGACGACGAACAAACAUGGGAAGAGCGAAUAGACGACAUGGUAAUUGACAGUCUAACUAAAUUGCAGGAAUUGGAUUUGGUCAAGUACGUCGAUGGAACCUCGGGCGAUUUGUGCUCUACCUUGUACGGCGAUAUCAUGAGCAAGUAUUACAUCCGACAGUCCACUAUGAGUUUGAUUCUUCAGAUGCCCGAAGCGCCAGGUCUUCGUGAAUUGGUUCUCCGAAAAAUCCGAGAACACAUCGACAUUCGAUACAAAGUCGCGAAAAUAGAUAAGACCAGUGACAAAAUGUGUCUUUUGAUACAGGAAAGUGCUCAAACUUGUCAGACUCAGCUUCAAUCAUGUUAUGUUCCUCUCCAGGCUGUCCUUGGCGGUAUACAACUGAACCUUCCGGAAUAUAGAGUAGGGGAUAGUCAACCUCAAUUGGAGGCGUUAUCAGUAUUUCGCCACAUCCCUCGGAUUGCUAGGGCCCUCGUCGAGGUAGCGUUGGUAAAACGAAACGGCGUACAGGUAAAACGAGGCUUAGAGCUGCUUCGCAGUCUGGAGGGCAAAUGUUGGGAGGACCGGCCCUUCGUUCUGCGUCAAAUAGACAAAAUCGGAGAAAAAUCGAUAAGAGUAUGGACGUUCAUUUCUGCCUUAUAUGCUGUCCUUGCAGAGCACGGUAUCACAACUUUCGAUUCCCUGCGCAAGCAGAGUCCGUUGCGUCUCGAUGCAUUACUGAAUCGAAGAUCAGGCGCUGGUCACGAGAUCCUUGCGCUAGUUGCAGACUUACCUCGAUAUCACGUUUCUGUGAAGGAGGUCUCCACGAACAUCUCGGGAGAUAGUGUCGAUAUCGAGCUCAUGAUCGAAUGUAGUCUGAUCUUGGACGCUGCCCUCGCCGUCAAAUCGAAGAAGAACAAGAAACGCAACUUCGAUAUGACAACCGUGUUGACUCUCACGUCCGAGAUGGACUAUGUGGACUUUAGGAGGAUACCGACAAAGUUUCUCAGAGAAGCGAAGAAAUUCACAAUUCUUGCAAAGCUCGAAAAACCAAGCCAGUCAAUUUGUGUUCAUAUAUCAUCGGAAAUGGAUCUUGAGGGCUUGGACGAUGACCCAGACUUUUGGAACAUGAGCGUGGACGAAGAAGAGGACAUUUCUCCGAAGGAUGAGAUUAAGUCCAAAAAUCAUUCAAUCAAGGAUACGAUGUCCAAGGACAAUCGAACAAAACCCCAAGCAUUGCACCAGCAAGCAAAACAAAAUUCUCCCAAUAAGCUUUCGAAUGGGAAGUACAUGUGCAACCAUAGUUGUAAAGAUAAGACGAGCUGUCGUCAUAUGUGCUGCCGUGAAGGAUUAGACAAACCACCGCUUUUGAGAAGGCGAGGAAGUGGUCCCCCGACUUCUGAGCAACCAUCGGGAAAAGCAACAAAAUCGAGCAAAUCUUCUAUCUCUAAUAUCAAAAAAGAAAACACUGACAGGAACAAUCGUGCAUCCAAACAAGUUCCGAAGACUGCGAAAAACGCAAUGAUUCGUCAAGAUGCGGGGGUC